ACUCUCCAGAAGUUAAAAGAAGACGUAAAUUUGGUGCUCAAAACCUUCCUAUCAGGAUUUUCCAGCUUUCUAGCAUUUCUUCCUUUGAAGGAUUUUCUAAAAACAACUUUGUCCAUAGUGGGGACCUCACAAAACUGUCUUUCAGGAGUUUUCUGCUGAGAAAUGUUACUGACUCCGGAGCCGACAUAAGGAAGUAGCAAACUGCAAGUACCAGCUAUUCAGUUUGAACUGUAGCUCAUUCACUGUAAUCUCUAGUUAGUACAAGCGUAUGUGUAGCAGAAUAGUAACAAUUAGUUUGUCGAAUAUUUUCCUUAACAAAAAAGAUUGUUCUGUAAAGAAUAACUUGUAACGCUGCUGAGAAAAAUUUAUGCUAUGCAAAACAUGCAAAAUCUCUUCUGUGUUCAAGUUGUAAAUUUCAGCGGAAGUUUGCAUUUCAGACUGUUGCACUAAAAGCUGAGAAGGGGGCAGUCUGUGAUCUGUGAGAGCUGGCUCUCUGUGUGGAAUUUUAAAGUUAACAAAUGAAAAUGUUGCUUAGGAGUUACUAUGCUGAAAUGAACUAGCAUCUAUUCCAGGAAUAUAAAAGCAACUGUGAUUUGUCCAAAAUGGAGGCAAAGCAAACUUCUGAUCACAACAAGCUCUUAGACAGUACAAUGAAAGCUGAACCAGGCCAAAUUCUCUUUACUAAACUUUCUAUGAAAGGCCUUUUUGGAUUUCCAGAUAAACUGGAUUCCAGAGCAUCAGAAGAGCAAGCAGUUCUUAAAGGAUUUCGAAAUUUCAAUGGUGAUAUUCAUAUUGGCAGCCAGGAAAAGGGGAAUAAUAUUGGUAGUGGCGAGGAUCCUAAAAUAGCUGAUCUACUUCCAGAAGUACUACAAACUCAAUGUGAAAUGCCACAAAGCAUAAACAAUGCUGAAGCUACUCCGCAUGCUGGUACAGGCAGCUUGCUUGCCACUGCCUCCAUGCCCUCAGGGGUGCUGAAUACUUGUGAACUAUCUCACCUUGAGGCUGCUGAUGCCUCAGGUGACAAUGAAGCUGAUGUUGGCACCACAGUUGACUCUGAAGCCAGCACUGAUGUCCGUGAGGUUGGAGCUGGCAGCUCAGAUGACUUGGAACUGAAGGAGUCUGAGCAGAAUGAGCCAUUUCUUUGUAGUACUGAGUCAAUACAUUCACCUUUGUCUGAAUUCAGCAGAAAAAAUGACAAGGAUGUCAUUCUUGUUCAGGGUACUUUGGUUCAUACAACCAGUGACACAGAGUCAGACAGUGAGGCCACAGAUCUACACUGUGCUGAAAAAGCAGUGAACAGAUCUGGAGUCAACUGUGCUGUGACUUUGCAGGAUAAUGACCAGAAUAAGGAACAGCAGGAAAUAGAAGGAUAUAGACAAACUGGUGGUCUUUCAAGUACAGACAAAACAGAAUCAUCUCUACCAACUUCUGAAUUGCCUAUAAAAGAAAUGGAUAAUACCCUACAGGAAACUGGUUCCAAUAGUGAAAACAUAAUGGUAGGAGAUGAGUACAGUAUUAGCCUGCCUGCUGCCGGAGAAGAUACUCAGGAGUCUGGAGAAGAACAAGGAUCUCUGGCAAGCAGUUCUAGUAGUAUAUCUAUCCAAAAAUCAACUGCAACUGAAAAGUCCUUUCAGCUUCCUGCCUUCUUUAGUGGAUUACGUGUACGGAAAAAAGGACAGCCCAGAGAUUUGGGGGAAAGUGUAACUGAAAUCAAACAGAAGGAUGGUGACUUGGCUAUGCUUAAAUUAAAGCAACCUGUUAGGAAAUCUCAUAUCGCACCUGAUCCACUACCAAAAAGGAAACUAUCUGAGGCUAAAUCUAGUCCAACCUUGUUGGAACAACUCUCCCAACUUUUAGGGCCUAAAAAUGAUAAUAAAGAUUCUAAUGCAGUACCAAGUGAAUCUGGAGGCAGUGAUGACAGUCAACAAACCAAAUCUGUACAACCAGAACCUUCAUACCCCCCUGAAGAAGUCAAACCAAGUCCUGCUGAAUCAGCUCUGGAUGCAUUUAAAGCUUUAUUCACACGCCCUCCCAAAAAAGAAACAACUGCAGACACUUCAGAGCUAGAAGCCAUAAAACGCAAAAUGAGACAUGAAAAGGAAUCUUUGAAGGCAAUAUUUGAAAGGUCAAAAACAAAAGCUGGGGAUGGUGGAAGCGAUACAAAACUAACUGAUGCAAGUUCCUCAGAACAGGAUGACAAGACUCCUGGAAGACUCCAGACUAUCUGGCCACCACCCAAAGCAAAAGACGAAGAAGAGAAAGUUGGAUUAAAAUAUACUGAAGCAGAAUACCAUGCUGCUAUUUUGCACUUAAAGAGGGAGCACAAAGAUGAAAUUGAAAAACUGAAGUCCGAGUUUGAACUCAAAGCCUUUCACAUUCGAGGAGAACAUGCUUUGUCCACUGCAAAGCUUGAGGAAGACAUCGCAAAUUUUAAAAAUGAACUGGAGAAAAUAUUAUACAGGAGAAGUGAGGAAGCAAAGGAUGCCUGCGUAUCCACUGAAGAUGACUACACACCAAAGACAUACAGAAAUGUAUGCAUACAAACGGACAGGGAAACUUUUAUAAAGCCAAGUGAAGAUGAAAAUCGGACAGUAAAGGGUAACCAAACAAUACCUAAGAAGCUUAAUAUAUCUUGCUUGAAUAAUAGUAUUUCUGCCUCAAUUGAUCAUAAGGAAACGUGCAGUUCAGGCCAUGCCUCAGGAAAGUUUCCACCACCACCACCUCCACCACCUCCACCACCUCCUCCUCCUCCACAUGGUCCAAUUCCUUCAGCAUCAGGCUUCGAAAUCAGUUCUCCACCACCACCACCUCCACUUCCUAUACCUUCAAUGACUCAUCACCUUCUACCACCUCCACCACCAGGGCCACCUCCACUAGGAGGGGAACUACUACCUCCUCCGCCGCCGCCGCCACCUUUUGGUAGCUUGUUAUCAAACCAAGGUCCUCGAAAACCUGCUGUUGAACCCACCCGUCCCAUGAAGUCACUGUACUGGACUAGAAUACAAAUCAAAGACUCCAGCCGAAAUGUAGGACCAACUCUUUGGGAAUCGUUAGAAGAACCCAACAUACAUGAUACUAGGGAAUUUGAAUUCUUAUUCUCCAAAGAAACAGCUCAGGAAAAGAAAAAACCUUUAUCAGAUUCUUAUGAAAAGAAAACGAAAGCUAAAAAGAUUAUCAAACUGCUGGAUGGAAAGAGAUCUCAAACUGUAGGAAUUUUGAUAUCCAGUUUGCAUUUGGAGAUGAAAGACAUACAACACGCUAUACUAAAUGUGGAUGAUUCAAUAGUAGACCUGGAAACACUGGAAGCACUGUAUGAAAAUAGAGCACAAAGGGACGAACUGGAGAAAAUAAAGCAGUAUUAUGACACUUCAAAAGAAGAAGAAGUAAAACUCCUGGACAAACCAGAACAGUUUUUGUAUGAGUUAUCCCAGAUCUCCAAUUUUGCAGAACGGGCCCAGUGCAUAAUCUUCCUAUCAGUUUUCAGUGAGGGGAUAACUGCAGUGCACCGCAAAGUGGACGUAAUUAAUCGUGUCUCUAAGGAGUUGCUGGACAUGAUAACUGUGAAAGAAGUUUUGGGUUUAAUUCUGGCUUUUGGGAAUUACAUGAAUGGAGGAAACAGGACACGUGGUCAAGCAGAUGGUUUUGGUUUGGAAAUACUUCCCAAACUGAAGGAUGUUAAAAGUAGAGAUACUAGAAUUAAUCUUGUGGAUUAUGUUGUGAUAUAUUUCCUACGCCAUUAUGACAAGGAAGCAGGAACAGACAAGAGUGUGUUUCCUUUACCAGAACCACAGGAUUUCUUCCAGGCAUCCCAAUUAAAAUUUGAAGAUCUAAUAAAAGACUUAAGAAAACUAAAGAGAGAUCUUGAAGUUUGUGAAAAGCAGAUGAAAGUGGUUUUCAAAGACUCACCAGAAGAACACCUCCAGCCCUUUAAGGAUAAACUGGAAGAUUUUUUUCUGAAAGCUGUAGAAGAUCAUAAGUUUGAGGAGAGUCAUUUGGAGAAUGCACAACAAUGCUUUGAAGAAAUGGUGAAAUAUUUUGGGAUAAAGCCAAAGUCUGGUGAGAAGGAAAUCACGCCAAACUACGUUUUCACGGUAUGGUACGAGUUCUGCAGUGACUUUAAGACCGUUUGGAAACGAGAAAGCAAAAACAUUUCCAAGGAAAGACUCAAAGUAGCCCAGCAAUCAGUGAGCAAGUUAACUGCAGAAAAGAAGGUGGAAACAAAGAAAAUCAAUCCCACUGCCAGUCUGAAAGAAAGACUACGUCAGAAAGAAGCCAGUGUGACCACCAACUGAAAGAAGACACAUGAAAAUAAUGACAUGAUGAAAAUAAUGACCUAGCAUGAUGCUUCACUCUGCCCAUAUCUCUAGGGAGCACCUUAUUGUGAUGUUAUGGAGUUUUGCUUUGCUCUUCUUUUACUCAGACAAUCCACAAAAGACUUCUCAUUUCCUUGGUUUACACAGAAAAGGAGACACUGAAGAAGUUUGUUUACAUGUGAAUUAUGAAGAAUUUUGUAUAACACUUCCCUUAUGUGGCUUUAAAUACAUCUCUUUUAUUGGAGGUUCUUUGAGUACUCUAAGCCAAAUGUGCAAGUUGUAGAAGGGGGACAAAACCAGGAAUUUCGGCAGUGAAUUUAAGCAGCUUUAUAUUAGGAGCAACACAGGUGUGGAAUAGCUCCAGGAACUCCCAGUUUGUAGAUUGCAACAUUUAUUGAGUGCAAUGUCUGUUAGAAAAGAUGUUGAUAGUAUCCAAAGGAUAAAUUUUACCUUCUCUAAAAAUGAUGGGAAGUUAAGUGCAUCAGAUAUAUUAUGUGUUGUAUUACAACUAUUUUAUAGGAACUUCCUUCUAUGCGAUAGAAGUAGAAAUACUGAUUUGCACAUGCGGAGAGAUGAAUAAUCUCACAACCCCUGAUCCUGCUAAGUUAUAGAAAUGAUGCUUGAUAAUAUAUUUAAUUGCAUAGUUUUAGGAUUCAUCCCAAACUUAAUUUUUAAAAUCUUUUGCAUUUCAUCAUGGAUCUCCAUCCACUAUCUAAUAUAUCAGUCCUAUUUUCAGAGGUUAUAAGGUCAGUUGUCCUUCUUAUGUUUCUUUCACAGUGAGCAUCAACUGGAAAUAUCAAUGGCAAUAUUGAAGGAUUUAUUUUACUUCCGCACUGAUACUAUAUCCUAAUUAAACCAUCUCUCAGAACAUGUUUCCUGGUUUGGAUCUGAAUUGUCCUUAAUGAUUUCUUAAUCCAUAGAUAAUUAUAUGUACCUUAUUUUAAGGCUAUUGUUUCCAAUUUUACUGUCCUUCAGUUGGGAACAGUAAUCCAGUUUAUCAACCAAACUAGUACAGCUGCUUGUAUUUGGUACUGCUAAACUACCUCUUUUCUCAUCUUCUAACAUUUUGAAUCUUACUUUUAGCUUUUUUCCCACUUCGGAUGAAAUUUUUGAUCAUUCUCUGCCAUUCUUUUAAGAUUUUUUCUUCUAUAUAGGUAACUUUUGAAAUAAAGUUAGAUUUGCUAAUAUAUUCAUUUUAACUGAGGAAAUCCUUCCUAACCAUAAAAUUCUUAAUUUUUCCCAUCUUUGCAAAUUUUCUUUGAUACUGGUCCAGACUUUUUGAUGGUUGUCUUUUAAAAAGUUGUCUUUUAAAAACUGUAUUGCUCUGUCCUGUCUGAUAAAUUCCUAAAUAAUUUGUUUUUUAUUCUUCUGUUUCUGUCCUGUCUGAUAAAUUCCUAAAUAAUUUGUUUCUUAUUCUUCUGUUUCUGAUGUUUAUAUCACCAUCACUUGGGUCUUCUAUGUGUUUAUAUCCAGAGAAGGUUCAAAAUAUACAUAUAUGUAUAUGUUCCAUUAUUUUUAUUCAAAGAAGUUUUUGGUUACAUUACCAAUAUUACAAUGUCAUCUGCAUAACUUUUCAUUUUAGAUUCUCCUUUUCUGAAAUAGUUAUGCAGAAAAGUCAUAAGAUUCUCUGUAAUGUAAAAUAGGCCAAAACAGGUAUUCAUUGAUUAAGUAGACUCUGUGAUAGGUUAUAACUUGCUUGCUUGUUGGCUGUUUACCCUGUGUAAUGUCUGAGCAACUGCCUGUUUAAGUGAGAUGAACCCAAAUAGGGACUGAUGAUUCUGAAAAUACAAAAACUUGUAUUUUUGGCUAUGUUCUUGCUUUUUUUCAGUGUCUUAAAGAUAUGAUUAAGGAAAAGCAAUAUUGAUAUUUAUGCUUAAAAAGACCAGUAUCAAAAAACAUUCAGUUAAAACUAGCCAUGUUUAGUUGGAAAUGAUAAUGAAAAAUGUAAUACUUCAGAAAUACAUGUGUUUUAUAUUUUGGUAUUGAGAGGAGAAAUAUUAUAUUGUUAUUAUUUUGUAAUGUUUUCAGAAUGGAAUAGGUUAUUUUGCAUAUUUAGAAGAUAUUUUAAUAAUUAAGUUAUAUGCUUUUGGAUCCAAAGAACCCACAGCACAAGAAGAAAGUACUUGGGAGGUCAUGAGUUUUUCUUGCUUGUCAUCAACCUCUGUCAACAAAGACUGCUUGAAACAAUUACCCCAGAGGGUUGGAAACUCAGCAAAGUAGCUUUUUUAUGAUGAUGGAAAUAGGAGAAAUCUAUUAUAUCCAUACCCAAAAGCUCAGUUCAGACUUAACAAUGAAUAAUGCAUUAAUUGAACUUAUUGGUUUGUGCAAUUGUCCAAGAACAGGCAACUCCAAUAACUAUGACUAGUUAGGAUAGUUAGGAUGACUAAGGAUAAACACUAGACUCAAAAAUUAUGGUUUGAAAUUUGUUUCUUAACCACACUUAUGGCCCAAUCCAAAGCAGAGGCGAAUUGCCUCUCAGCCAUGAUGCAGGGCCACACCGGUAUGUUUGCUCCGUCUGCCAGUGUAAGGGGCACCCCCACCAGCAGAGAGGACAAAGGCACCAGGAACCUGGCACCCCACUCCACAGCAGCAAAACUUGGAAGUGGGCACCACUGCAGAGCAAUGCUGGAUUGAACACUGGCACAUAGGGACAUGGCCCAGUGUGGAGCCAUCUUUAGUUGACUUCCAUCUGGGUUUAGCCCUAUGGAGGGCUUUCAGGCAGCCAGAAGGUUUUUUAGUUUUUGCUGUUUUCCCAGGUCGCCUGAAAGCCCUCUGAAGGUGGCAUGGCAGUGCAGCAUGGCGUCAUCCUUGGCUGCUUGUGGAUUGGACUGUUAAUCUUAACUAUGAAUUUGAAUUAUGUAGAAACAUGAACAUCCUAGCAUAAUCCAGUUAAAAUAAACUAUGUUUUGUUACAUCUGAACUGAGACACAGCCUUAAGCUUUCUGCUCACAUAACAAGAUCUCUGCAUCCCAGCUGUAGUUUUGAUACUUGAUCAUGAAUAUAUAAAAUAUUAUAAUUUCUUCACCAUGGCUAAACUGUCUUUUUAUAUUGUACUUUGGAGAGUCUAAAGUUAUAUUUUAAUGAUAUUAGAAUAUAAUUUAUAAAAUGUUGGAAAUAGUAUGUUAGAUGUAAUUCAAUAAAAAUGAAUCUGAGAAGCAGUAAAUUUAGAAACUUAUAUAUUGGUGGAAUAUAAACACAACAUAAAACAAAAAUAAUCAAAAAUGUACUAUAGAUGCAUUUCUUGUAAAUGAUGCUCAGUAAAAUAUGUAAUUAAAAUACUUAUUACUUACAGUU